AUGCCAUCAAAAAUCUUGCAAUUGUUCUCAAUGUUGCCAUGCUUUGGAAAGAAGGGAAGAGAUGUUGAUAUUGAGUCAUCAUACUACAAGAAUCUGAGCAAAUUAUUAGAGGAUCUAAUUGCUUCUUGUGAUGGUACAUCUCUUCCUGUUCAUUGUUACUCUGCGGAUGACCUCAUUAGGGCAACCAACAACUUCGAUCCUUCUUGCAUUGUACGACAGGAUUCAAACUACAAAAUGUUCAGGGGAUUUCUAAACGACUGGUCGAUUAUCGUUGCCAUGUACGCCGAUGAUGAUGAUGUUAGGUCUCAAGCAAUUCGCUACAUUGUCAUUUCAAUACAUAUGAGCAACCAUGAGAACGUUUUGAAACUCUUGGGCUGCUGCUUAGAGUUCCCUGUACCUGCUUUGGUGCUUGAAAACGCAGCAAAAGGAGUUCUUAAAUGUGAUGGAAGUUUAAGAGAUUAUAAUGAAGGUCAAUCCUUAAUAUUACCAUGGAAAAUUAGACUGCGUAUUGCAAAGCAGCUUGCUAGUGCAGUUACAUAUCUCCAUACCGCCCUUCCCAGUCUCGUAAUUCAUAGGGAUCUAAAACCUGGUUGUAUUUUCUUGGACCACGACUAUGUUCCCAAACUCUCCAACUUCUCACUCUCCGUGAGGUCUGGCCGCAUCUCAGAAAAAACUGAUGUGUAUAGUUUUGGUGUGCUUUUACUUAUAUUCUUGACUGGACGAAGAGCUUGGUGGCUAAUUAUACGGCAGGAAGGAGGGUAUAGUUCAGUUAUUGAUUAUAUGAAGUCACAUGCUUACCAGCUUCAGGCAAUUGUGGACCCUAAAAUCUUAGAAGAGGUUGGGGAAAUAAGCAAGUAG